AUGGGUGAAGCAGAUUAUAUUCUUGGAGUUAAAAUUUGUAGGGAGUGUUCAAAGAAACUUUUGAGUUUGUCUCAACAAACUUACGUCAAAAGGAUUCUUGAACGCUUCCAAAUGCAUAACUGCAAACCCAUUGACACUCCUGUUUUUAGAGGCGAACCCUUAAAUCUAGAAGUGAGUCCUAAAACUCAAGAAGAAAAGGAAAAGAUGUCUCAAGUUCCAUAUUCUAGUGCGGUAGGUAGUCUAAUGUACGCUAUGAUGUGUACUCGACCAGAUAUAUGUUAUGCUGUUGGGUUAGUUAGCAGAUUCCAAUCGAAUCCAGGACUAGCUCACUGGAAAGCAAUGAAGAGAAUACUCAGAUACCUCAAGCGAACAAUGGAUUAUGCACUUUGCUAUCAAGGUGAAGAUUUGCGUUUAGUUGGUUAUAGUGAUGCUGAUUGGGGCAGUGACCUAGACGAGCGCAAAUCUGCGACAGGAUAUGCAUUUCUGCUCAGUAAUGGAGUGAUUACUUGGAGUAGCAAAAAGCAACCUUGUAUAGCUUUAUCUACCAUGGAGGUAGAGUAUAUAGCAUGCUCAACAAUAGUACAAUAG